AUGGCCUUGGUCGAUCAUUCAUUCAACAUGAACAUGGACGUCACUGCUCCUCCAACGCCGGACCAAGAGCGUUCCUUCAGCCAGGUUCUGAAGCGUUCUGCAUCCACAGCAUCUCUCCUUUCACCACCUGCCAGUGUGCGCAAGCCCAGUGCAAAGCGACUACGAACUCAGUUCUCGGCUCUCAACCCCGACGAGUCUAUUCAUAGCGACUACAUCGGCAGGAAACAACACUCGAACAAGCGUUCCAAAGGAAAGGGGACCAAGGGCAAGGCCGUGCCCCUGCGGCCAGCUGUGACUAUGCCGACUACUCAACAGGAUUUCAGCUUUGUUCUCAAGUUGAACGGGGGCCACGAGGCAAAGGCUGAACCCGAACCUGAACUUCCACCUCGGCCGGUGACUCCUCCUCCCAGGCUAUCCACUCCUGUAUUCGCAUGCCCCCAGACACCGCCUCGGACCAAGCCUCAACGAUCAAGCCGUGUCUUCCGAGAAGGUCCUUUGCGUGAUUCGCCGAACAACCCAUUCCUUGUUGAAACUCUCGAGCCCCCCGCCUUGCUUCGCCCUCGCCCCAAGCGCAGCGCCACCGACUUUACCGAAGGGCCCACCGUAGGAUACGUAUUCCGUGGCGUCCCGACUGUCUUUGCUAAUCCCUAUGCAAGCCAACAUCCCCCGUCACCCACCAAGGACAAGGAUCAUCCGUCGUUCUUGCCCAUUGAACAUCCCGACUUUUCACCGUGCGAACUCGCUCGUCCACGACUCUUGUUCCCCGAGGCACAUGGCUUUGCGAGGGAAGGUUCACCCUGCCCUUGUAUUCCCUCAACCCCCAAGCGUGGUCGGUCUCGCGCACCCAGGACUCCCGUCAGGAGAGUCCAACGUAGCACCAACUCGGUCGAUUUCCCUCAGCCGGUCAUGAUGGAACCAGAGCAAGCCUGUGGUCCCAAGACACCCGAGCCCAAGACCCCUCAGAUGCGCACUCGCAUGAGGAGCGGAACAGCUGCGUCGACCGCCGCCGUUGUCGCUGAAACUCGUGUCAUGAGGACUCGAUCCAAAACCGCCGCACAGGUCAAGGUUGCUUGA